AUGACCUCCUUCUAUCAACUGCUGUCUCAAGUGCCCAUCCUGUCCUCGUUUCUACUUCCCGCUCCUCUCACAACAACCGACGGCGUCAGUCAAAAUACCCUUUCAUCUUCAACUUUCGACCCCUCAGUCUGCCCCAACCCCCCGUCCCUAUCAUGUCCGUCCCCCCCAGCGCAAGAUGUAAACACAUGCUGUGUAAACCACCCGUCAGGACAUUUUCUGCAGACCCAGUUCUGGGACACGGAGCCACCCAUCGGGCCCAACAACUCUUGGACCAUUCAUGGCCUCUGGCCAGAUCUCUGCACGGGAGGGUUUGACGCGUUCUGCGAUUCUUCGCGCUCGCAUUCCGACAUUCGGACCGUCCUCCGCCACGCCCUAGAGGGCCAGGAUGGUGCGGGCGAGGCGCACGAUGGAAAUCAUGAAGCCAUGGUCGACGAACUGCUCUCGUUUAUGGAGACGUACUGGCUCUCCCUCAACGGCGACCACGAACACCUGUGGGCGCACGAGUGGAACAAGCACGGCACCUGCAUCUCGACCCUCGAGCCGGACUGCUACGGGGCUCCUCCGCCGACACCAAACCGGCGGCACCGCCACCUCGACGUGCUGGAUUACUUCAUCCACACGACCUCCCUCUUCAAAACGCUCGACACGUACUCCAUACUUGCGGAGGCCGGCAUCCUUCCCUCGUCCCAGAAGCGAUACAAGCUUCAGGAGCUGGAGGCGGCCGUCGAGUCCUCUCCACACGGCCAGCCGGUGACAUUCCGCUGCAACCGCCGCGGCGAGCUGGACGAAGUAUGGUACCAUUUCGCGGUGAUGGGCUCGCUGAGACAUACGUCUUACGACCUGGAGGACGGCGAAGCCGGAUCCGAGGCCGAAGCCAUCAUGAUGUCUCCCCGAGAAGACCAAGGGCGCGACAUAUCCUCCUCCUCCUCUUCACCUUCUAACCUCGCUCAUUCGCCGUUCCUAAACACCACCACCGUGCGCAAAAGCUUCGUGCCUGUCCCGCCCGACGGAGCGCUCUCAAACUGCCCGAGACACGGGAUCAAAUACCUCUCCAAGACGCGUGGUGACGAGGCGCCACUCCCACUCCCACCCCCCUGUCCCACAAAGACUACCACUGUCGGUGCUGGACCCACAAGCACCACCGCCCCCUUCACAGGAAAAGGCCACCUCGAAAUCCACGUGCUCGACUCCACGCCCACGUCUCAGACCGAGUCCGAGACCACCGCCAUGAAAAGGGGCUGCCUCAUCCGCCAGGGCCAGUGGUACGUCUCGGGCACGUGCGCGACCUUCCGCGCCCAGCAUGACGUCGUCGACCCGGGCCACCAGGCCUUGUUCUCCCUCUCGUCGUCGUACUCGCCGUGUCUGGUGAAUCCGGCCACCGGCAGAUUCGAGUGUGCAAACUCUGCAAAGGUGCAGGGCAUCUUUUCUUACGCCGACAAUGGGCAUGGCGCCAACGUGCUCGCAUAUCACAACCACAGCGUCUUCUACGCACACACCACUCCGAAGAGGUUUGAAAAGGUGGAUCUGUUUGCUGAUGAUGGAAAUGGCGCGAGGAAAGUCCAGGUGGAGAUCCACUGGGUACCAGCAUAG